AUGGCUGUUACUCAGAUUAACCUUGCCUUAACUACUGCACUUGUUAUUAUCCUUUUCACAAACCCAUGUGUUGGUCGAUUCUAUUGUCCUACCCAGGAAUCCCGAGCACUUCUUUCCUUCAAAGACGCGUUGAAUGUCUCUGACGGCAUUUUCAGCUCUUGGGUUUAUGGAAGUGAUUGUUGCUCCAAGUGGGAUGGCAUAUCAUGCAAUAAUUUCUCAUACCAUGUGGAGUGGGUGAAUUUGAGUGCUUACACCAACCAUGCAGUGCAGGGCGUGCAGAGUGGAGUCAUAUCUGGUAGUUUGUGCAACCUUCCUUUUCUCAAAUACCUCAUCCUAAAUAGCAUUGGUCUAACUGGUACUAUUCCUUCCUGUUUAGGAAAUCUCUCUCAUCUUCAUUAUCUGCAUUUGAAAAACAAUAGCUUGAGUGGAAUAUUUCCCCCCGUGAUUUGUCAGCUUACCAAUCUUAGCUCCUUAGAUGUCAGCUAUAACCAACUCAGUGGAAUAUUGCCCCCAUGUCUACCAAAUCUUUCCUUUCUUAAGUUACUAGAUAUUAACUUCAACCAAUUCGACAGGAGCCUUCAGCUUGCUGGUCUUUCCUCCCUUGAGCAGUUGUAUGCUCUUAAUUUUUCAUUACAUGAGCACAUUACAUCAUCAGUAUUGGCGUUGCCAUCCUCUUUAAAGAUUCUCUGGCUCUCCUCAAUUAGCGCUUCAGAUACAUUAUUCCAUAAUCUUGCGAGAUUAAAAUUUCUAUCUUUAUCAUAUUGUGUACUGGAUAUUAGCACAACAUGGAUUCCGCGGUUCCAGUUAGGUGGCAUAGCUAUAAGGUCAUGUAGUAUCGGUGGUCGGAUUCCCGAUUGGCUCUUCACUCAAUAUUCAUUACAAGGAUUGAUGUUAGUUGACGACAAUAUUGUUGGAGAAAUCCCAUCCUGGCUAUUCCAGAACAACGCUGAGUUGAUGCACUUAAAUCUCUCAGGAAAUCAUUUCCAUGGCAGCCUUAUUAUCCCUGAUAGAUCAGUUUGUUGGAUAACAGUAUUGGAUGUGUCUAGGAAUGCACUGACUGGAAUCGCUCCAUGUCAGCUGCCUCCACAUCUGGAACUCUUGAUGCUUAAUGACAAUGCUCUGAUCGGCUCUAUUCCUCAGAGCUUGUGCAAUUUAACUCUCCUUGUAAAAUUAGAUAUGUCAAACAACAAGUUGAAUGGAAACAUUCCAGCAUGCUUUGCCAAUUAUAAGUUUAUUCAAGUGUUAAAUUUACGAGAUAAUAGCUUGGAGGGAAGCAUACCCCAUGGGCUAUGUUGCUCCUCAUUAAUUGUAAGAAAUAAUAAGUUGAGUGGAGCCCUCCCUCAAUCACCAAUUGUAAGACCUUACAACUACUAGAUAUUGGGCACAACAACUUUUCUGGGGAUAUUCCAUGGUCAGUUGGAAAUCUAUCAGCGAUUAAAGUGUUGUCGAUGAAGGGUAACUCUUUUAGUGGCACCAUUCCUUCAAAAAUUGUCCAUCUAAAGCAG